UCUUCGAACCCUAGUCUUCAAUAUCACUCCGCAUUCUCGCUCUAUCGCUCAGUCUGUUUAGUUGCGGCUGAGGAUUUCUGAACGAGCGACCUUCGUUCCUCGCAAAGGUGGAUGCUAAAUUUUUCGAAUUCUGGUUCCAGAAUGGUCUAUGACCAUAGCUCACGGUUGUGAAUUGUGCAAGGAAAAAAAUUCAAGUUCUUUAAGGCACGGUGUAAAUUUUAUUGCAAGAAGGUGUUGCUACGAUGAAUGCUUCGGAGAAAGAAGACACUGAGAUUGAUGCAACGAAAAUCCUAUCCAACAGUGAGAAUGCUAAGUUGAAGAAGAAGAAGAAGAAAGUGGCGUCGAAUGAUGCAGAUAAGCGCGGUGUGUGCUAUUUGAGUCGAAUCCCCCCUCACAUGGACCAUGUCAAGCUUCGCCACAUUCUCUCUCAGUUCGGAGACAUUCAGAGAAUUUUUCUCGUUCCUCAAGAUCCUAAUGCCCAAGUGCGUGUUAAGCGGUCUCGUGGAUCCCGUGACCAAGCAUAUUCAGAAGGAUGGGUUGAAUUCGGUAAUAAAAAUGUUGCUAAGAGGGUUGCCAAUAUGUUAAAUGGUGAACAAAUAGGGGGAAAGAAGAGAUCAUCUUUCUACUAUGAUCUAUGGAAUAUUAAGUACUUAAGUAAGUUCAAGUGGGAUGAUCUGACCGAAGAACUAGCCUUAAAGAAAGCUACUCGGGAGCAAAAGCUGGCUGUAGAACUUUCUGCUGCCAAGAGAGAAAGAGAUUUCUAUCUGUCCAGAGUUGAUCAGUCACGUGCUUUGGAUGCAAUAGAGGAGCGAUUAAAGAAGAAGUCAAAGGUUCAACAAGAAUCAUUCCAAGUGGCAAAAGUGGUUCGUCAUUUCCCUCAGACAAAGCCAAUAGCUGCUGACAACAAACAAAAUAAAACAGAGCUCUCUGAUGAUAUACUGGAUGCUGUAUUUGGGGGCUCGUAAUCCAUAUAUCGAUGAUACCUUCAACAUCAGGAGUCAAAGAGUACGUUAUAGGUUAUAUGAUAAAAUCUUUGUUGACAUGGCCAUAUGAGGACUACUUGUGUGCCUUGUUGGUAUGUUGAGGUGACAGGUUCAAUGGUUGAAUUUACCCAUUUGGUCCUGUGUCUAAAUUUUGACCUUGUAUCUAAAAUUUUUAUGCAGUAGUCUUUGUUGAGGAUUGUAAGUAACUUCAAUAACUUUAGGUAUUCUGAUACCACCAUAAAAUUGAAAGUGAAGUGAUAAUAUGAAAACCACCAUAAAAUUGAAAGUGAA